GUAGUAGUAGUAGUAGUAGUAGUAGUAGUAGUAGUAGUAGUAGUAGUACAGAACUUGGUGAUAGCGUAAAAGUAGCUCGUCCGAUUCGUUUUGUCCUGAUAAGAGUUUGAGAUGCAAUUUCGUGGGAUACGCUUUCGAGGCACGCGAUGUCGCGCGACACAACUUGGACUUGGUGUCUUCAGUCUUCUCUUGACUUUUCGUCCAACGAUCGCGACCGGAGGAAAGAUACGCAUCCGCGCGAACGAGCUUUCUGGUGCACAAUUAAGUCGCUUGAGUUCUCGCGUGCCGCAUAUUGUAGAUGCGCUUCAAUUUCUAUCUCGACUAUCUCUUGAUUGACACGCUAUAAUCGUGCUUCCUUCCUGCAUGCUUCUCCAUUUCAUUUCCGCUGUUAAGCCUUUUUAUUCGCCUUCGUAUUCGACGAUGUUGAAGCGUUCGUUAUUCCUUGCUGUGCGAUAAUUACGAUCCCUGAGAGUAAUGUCGACUAGCGAUUCAUCGGAUGUGUCAGUAGAACCGGGCAAGUCCCUCGAUAAUGUCGAAUUGGUUGAUACUGAGAUACGUAAAACUAGCAUAUUCACGCUCUAUGCAAAAAUAUUUCGGCUUCUUCUUACGACGCAAAUACCGAAUUUUAGUCUUCUUAGCGACGAGCUACGUAACAGAGAGCUCGAAAAAUUGAUAUUACCAAGCAAUGAAGAAUGGCGUCACCGAGUUUAUCACAGUCUCGUCGAGUUACAAAGAGAAAAGGACGCUGCUGAAAUCGCUGCUGAAGAUAAAAGGAUGGAGGAUUCUAAACGAUGUACGAUGCCUUAUAAAAGUUUGCAAGAUUGGGAAUGGCGUCCCCGAGAAAAGGGACAUCUUCCGAAAGGUAGAAGAGACAAAAAUCAAGACAUCGUCGAUUCAUCUUUAAAUGCUAUAUCGGGAACUGGCGGCUCGAUGACCGAAGCUCGCGUGGAGCCAGGAUGGCGUAUCAACGAUAUCCUCUUGGCAGCCAAAGUUCUCCAAAAUACAGAACCCUCGCCAAAUUAUGCUAACGAAGCCGAGAUGAGACGCGUCUUUGGUUUAGUAUACGACGUUCUGAGAUACAAAAAUAUUCUGAAUCGUGCUCUCGUAAACGGUGGAUUUUGGUAUCGAAAUAAUGCUCUAAAAUCACGAGAAAGAGUAGUUUGGUUGCUGCUGUACGAUAUGCAGGGAAGAAAGUUUGCACGCCGACGAGAUGGGAGCGCACUCGAGAUGCGAGAGAAAAUAUUCGAGACUGUCGGAUUAAAAGACAUCGAAGAUGCUCUUUUGAAAGCAAAGACGCAUUUGGCGGCGAGCAUCUCGCGUCUUCGUAUCGCCGGUUCAGCACUCAACCUUGGUUACUUCUAGUUUUUAGUUGCAAUUUACAUGAAAAUCUUUUCUUAAUUGAAUAGAAUAGAAACGUGAUUCUUCGCAAAAUAUCCAUAGGCUACUAUUCAUAGUCAGUUCUUAUAUUUAAAAUCGUUGCAAGUUGUAUUUUCAGUCGACUGUACAUAGCACUUUUUUAUUGAAAUAGAAAGUUUGCACUUGAUGAUGUUCAUAACAAAUUUAAAAUAAAUAUAAUAAUGGUAUGUUAUAUAUCCAUAACGUACCAUUUGUUUUCCUAUUCUUCUUUUGCUUUGAUUAUCAUGACAAUUUUGCUAUAGCGAAAGUUAAAAGAUCUUAAAUACAUAAUGAUUAACUAUGAAUAUCAGUCAUUUGUGUCAAUUAUUGAUAUUUUC